CACUAUCGCAAUAGAAACAAGAGCUGCAUUGGACACUGGUGGUGGACUACAUAUAAUGGAGAGGGUGAUACAAAUACUCGCCCUGUUGAUGUUGCGUUGUGUAAAAUGUAGUCCUUGUGAUGUAAAUCUAGUGACUGGAACAUAUGGUGUUUCUGACAAUGCGUUUUCGGCAUCAUCCACUUAUGGCGCCUGUGACAUAUAUGCUGCAAGAAUCAACAGUAGCAACGCCUGGUGUCCACAGGAUACUGACAACGAGCAAUAUUUACAGGUGGAGUUUCAGACGGACUCGGAACUGAAGACAAUACAGACACGUGGACGAGACGGUUAUGAUCAAUGGGUGACUCUAUACAGUGUUAACACCAGUAUAGACGGAAUCACAUGGAGUUAUAUAUUAAACUCUACUGGCGAUGUACAGAUGUUUCCAGGGAAUUCCGACAGAAACACAAUCGUUACCAACGAAAUAGAGGGAAAAGUCGUCGCCAAGUACAUCCGGGUUAUUUUGGUUUCCGGAUAUGGAGAUCACAAGAGGUCAAUGAGACUGGAGGUACAGGGAUGUCCAGUGUCAUAUACAUCAAACAGAAAUUGCCAACGAUGGGAAGCGAAGCUGGGAUCUACAGGAAACGUUUUUCCAAUUAUUGAGGACACAGACGCAUCGAACCAAGGUUUAUGUGGCUUGAAGUGUUUCAAACAAAAAGAAUGUAACAUAUUUCUGUUUGAAAUCGGGUCUGCUCGCUGUAGAUUACUUACUUCGACUUCCGAUGUAUGGCACCAAAUUGUGAAUCUGGACGGAGUUUGGUACUUCGUGCAAAACAACAAUGCCACCACUUUAUAAUUAGUUCAAUGUCCAUACCCUUAUGAGGCAACUCUGUUUGGGUAUCAUUUCACACACGAUGAGAACAUCAAUUUGGCUGUUAUUUUGUUGACAUGCAUCAUUAUUUAGGUAGCAGUGUACAUUAAAAAUGCCCAAUUCUGAAAAAAUAUGGCACAUGUUUUAGAUAUGUAAACAUUGCCAGUUCACUCUACAUGUUACCUCUGAUAAAGUAUACAUAUUUGUAAUCUGAACAUUUGCAAUUUUAAUACAGCUCUGAAGGAAAAGUAAACUUUUAUUUUCUGUGAUUUUUAGAGCUUUGAUUA